UGAAAGAGAUAGAGUUCUAGGGCAUCAUCUUUGAAACCCUCUCCCUCUCUCUAGUUCACAGCUACUGUUCCGUUGUGCCGUCUGAGUUUCAGUUCAUUGAGAUUUUAGACUUGGUAUUUAGAACUUGCACGGGAUAAUGGCAUCACGAUUUUGGGAUCAGGGGGGUAGUGACACCGAGGAGGAGGAGGAGCAAAGUGAUUAUGAGCAGGAAGAUACCACGCCAGGGGAGCCUUCGGCCCCUGGUGAUAGUAGCAGAUAUCUUCAAACAAAUGAUAGUGACAGCGAUGACUCUGAUGGGCAAAAGCGUGUUGUCAGAUCUGCAAAGGACAAGCGCUUUGAGGAGAUGUCUGCUACUAUCGAUCAGAUGAAGAAUGCAAUGAAGAUCAAUGACUGGGUCAGUCUGCAAGAGAGCUUUGACAAGAUCAAUAAGCAGCUUGAGAAAGUCAUGAGGGUUAUGGAAUCAGAUAAGGUCCCGAAUCUUUACAUUAAGGCUCUGGUGAUGUUGGAGGACUUCUUAAAUCAGGCUUUAGCCAAUAAGGAGGCUAAGAAGAAGAUGAGUAGUAGUAAUGCCAAGGCCCUGAAUUCGAUGAAACAAAAAUUAAAGAAAAACAACAAGCAGUAUGAGGAGUUGAUAAAUAAGCACAGAGAAAAUCCUGAGAGCGAGGAUGAUGGAGAUGCAGAUGAGCAGUCAGAGGAGGAAGAGGAAGAGGAUUCAGAGUUUGAGGAGGACCCGUCGAAGAUUGCAAUGGGAUCAGACUCUGGGGAGGAGGAUGAGGAUGAGGAAGAAGACAGGGAUGAUGCAGCUGAACCUGGUAGUGGUUGGGAGAAGAAGAUGAGCAAGAAAGAUAAGCUCAUGGACAAACAAUUCAAGGACCCGAGUCAGAUCACAUGGGAUACAGUUAACAAGAAGUUCAAAGAGAUUGUUGCUGCACGGGGUAGGAAAGGGACAGGAAGGAUUGAGCUAGUUGAGCAGCUCACGUUCUUAACCAGGGUAGCUAAGACCCCUGCUCAGAAGCUUGAGAUUUUUUUCAGUGUUGUGUCUGCACAGUUUGAUGUCAAUCCAAGUCUUAGCGGGCAUAUGCCCAUAAACGUGUGGAAGAAGUGUGUGCAGAAUAUGCUUGUUAUACUGGAUAUCCUCACCCAGUAUCCAAACAUUGUGGUUGUGGCUGAUGACAGGGUGGAGCCUGAUGAGAAUGAAACUCAAAAAGGAGCGGACUUCAAGGGUACGAUUCAGAUUUGGGGAAAUUUAGCAGCCUUUCUUGAAAGAAUAGAUGUGGAGUUUUUUAAGAGCUUGCAGUGCAUUGACCCACAUACUCGUGAAUAUGUUGAGAGGCUUAGAGAUGAGCCCAUGUUCCUGGUUCUUGCUCAAAACGUCCAGGAAUAUCUAGAGCGAGUUGGGAAUUUUAAGGCUGCUUCAAAGGUUGCACUUAAGCGGGUUGAACUUAUCUAUUAUAAACCGCAGGAGGUAUAUGAUGCUAUGAGGAAGCUGGCUGAACAAACAGAUGACGGAGAGGGAGAAACAGAAUCUGGGGUGGAACCCAAAGUAGCUGAGGAAACUAGGGGACCCCCAGCGUUUGUUGUAAAUCCUGAGCUUGUGCCUCGAAAACCUACCUUUCCAGAGAACAGCAGGGCAAUGAUGGAUAUCCUAGUUUCCCUCAUAUACAGGCACGGUGAUGAACGUACUAAGGCCCGUGCAAUGCUUUGUGAUAUAUAUCACCAUGCUAUAUUUGAUGAAUUUUCAACAUCUCGUGACUUGUUGCUAAUGAGUCACCUGCAGGAUAGUAUUCAGCACAUGGACAUUUCAACACAAAUACUGUUUAACAGGGCUAUGGCACAGCUUGGUUUAUGUGCAUUUAGGGCGGGACUUAUUACUGAAGGACACGGUUGCCUUUCUGAACUAUAUUCCGGUGGGAGGGUGAAGGAAUUACUUGCACAGGGUGUCUCCCAAAGCCGUUAUCAUGAGAAGACUCCAGAGCAGGAACGGCUGGAGAGGAGACGGCAAAUGCCAUACCAUAUGCACAUAAAUCUUGAGCUUCUGGAGGCUGUCCAUCUUAUAUGUGCCAUGCUGCUUGAGGUUCCCAACAUGGCAGCCAACAGCCAUGAUGCAAGGCGGAAGGUCAUUAGUAAAACCUUUCGUCGAUUGCUCGAAGUGAGUGAGAGGCAAACAUUCACUGGUCCCCCUGAGAAUGUUAGGGACCACGUAAUGGCAGCCACCAGGGCUCUAAAAAUGGGAGACUUCCAGAAGGCCUUCGAUGUUAUCAAGUCCCUUGAUUUCUGGAGGCUACUCCGGGACCGAGAUAAUGUUCUCGAAAUGCUGAAGGCCAAGAUUAAGGAAGAGGCUCUAAGGACAUUCCUUUUCACAUAUUCAUCAUCGUAUGAUUCUCUGAGCUUGGACCAGCUUGCCAAGAUGUUUGGUCUGUCGGAUAUGCAGACCCACAGCAUUGUGAGCAAAAUGAUGAUCACUGAGGAGCUCCAUGCAAGUUGGGACCAACCAACCCGGUGCAUGGUCUUCCAUGACGUUGAGUACACGAGAUUGCAGGCUCUAGCAUUUCAGUUGACUGAGAAGCUGACUAUCCUUGCAGAAAGUAACGAGAGAGCAACAGAGGCAAGGAUUGGUGGUGGUGGUGGAUUGGAUGGUCUUCCCCCAAGACGUAGGGAUGGUCAGGACUACGCUGCUGCAGCUGCUGGUAAUAAAUGGCAAGAGUUUUCUUUCUCACAGGGAAGGCAAGGCAGUAGUGGUGGGCGAUCAGGAUAUGUUGGUGGUGGUGGGAGACAUUUUGCUCCUGGCCAAGUCUCUGGGGGUGGCUUUUCAAGGGACCGGGCAGGUCAGUCACGAGGAGGAUAUUCUGCAGGUUAUCAGACCACACGUUAUCAGUCUGGUUCUACAGUGAGGGGGAACCAGAUGGAUUCUUCAGUCCGCAUGGUCAAUCUCAAUAGGGGAGUACGCACUUAGCAAGGGAGACAAUAGACACACACUUAAGGAUCCGAUCAAGGAGAAAAUUAGAGCCUUCUAUUUAUAUUAUUUGGUAACCGUUAGUUCAGAGAUUUUGACUCUGGUAAACUAGAAAUCUGUUGUGUUGUUUUUGACAUAAUACUCUGCCAUAUGGACGGUUAUUUAUUGUUUUUCGAGGUCAUAAAUCCUUUUAUUUGGUGGGUUUUCUUUUUACUAUAAUUCAGCGCGAGUUUGUGAUGCUUGUCUGUAAGCUUUAAGAGUCGCGCUAAAAAGCACGGGACUCAAGUGUAGCUUUUAGCUCUGAUCUUCCAGGACUUGGUGACUUAAUUGGUUUCAGCUCUAAUGUGUUACUAUGCUUCUGGUUUUGAUAAAUUUGUUGCAG